UCACUUCAUCUCUGAAGAUGUCUGCAUUCUGGAUUCUUGUCUCAUCUCUGACCUUAAUAUCGCCAGCCCAAUCUGUGGAUUUUUCUGGACCAUCUUUUAUCUCAGUGAAAGUUGGAGAUCAUGUUACACUUAACUGCCCAUUUAUUGAGGAGAAUGGUGUACUAGAUCAUGUCUUUUGGUACAAACAAAUUUUAGGAGACGUACCGCAUAAAGUGGCAGAAAGAUUAGCAUAUAAAGAGUUUAAAAUCACCCCUGAGUUUCAAACAUCGGGAUUUAAAACGGAGACGCAUAGUAACCGCAUUUCUCUGACAAUUCCACACGUAACAAUGGAGCAUGGAGGACUUUACUACUGUGGCCAGUUUAGCUGGGAGAAUGUUACGCAGUCCAGGGGUACGUUCUUAGAAGUAACAGAUGACAGAGAUGUAAAAGUCUCCGUGUUCCAGAGCAGUGGGUUGGACUCGGUUCCUGCAGGAGCGUCAGUGACUCUGCAGUGCUCGGUUCUCUCUGAGAGCAGAGCAGCAGAACUCCAAGUGCUCUGGUUCAGAGCUGCUCCACCACAAUCCCAUCCUCAAAUCAUUUACACUCAUCACAACAGCAGCCAUCAGUGUGAGAGCGGCUCUUCUACACACACCUGUGUCUACAACUUCUCCAAGAACAUCCUCAGCCUCAGUGAUACUGGGACUUACUACUGCGCUGUGGUUAUGUGUGGGAAGAUCAUUUUUGGAAACGGGACACGAGUACAACUGGAGAAUUCCCUGGAUCCUGUAGUGCUCUCCCUUACUCUAGCUUUGGGUGUAUCUAUGUUUGGUUAUGUUUUAAUCUGUGUAUACUGCAUCGGUGAGUCUUCAGUAACAUCGUCUAUCUGAAUAUUCUGUAAUACAAACCAUUCUUAAAUAU